ACUGAUUUUUGAUUAUCUAUUAAAAAGUGUUAGUUUUAAAUAGCUGUUAGGAUCAGGACAUACAAAUGGGUGGUAAAACAGUGGAGACAUAUUUGAGAAUUUUUUUCGUAGUUAACGGAGCUAUUGGUGGUAUAGCUUUUUACUUGACAAUGAAGGCCUGCUUCGGUAUUAGAGGUUGGGAUGUCAUCACAUUUGUAUCGUCUCUAUUGACAUUAUUUUUGGCUUUAUUUACGAUUACGGCUUUCUGUAUGAAUAAUCCUACACUGAUUAAUAUAUCGUUUGUGUUGACCAUCGUUGGUGUCGCCGUUUGGCUAAUUAGUCUUCUCUUGUAUACAUUGCUGGACAAGUACUGUGACAGUCGUGCCAUUUGCAAUAUGGGGGGCUGUGUUCAGCUCUCACUGUUAUGUUUGUCUUGUGUACUGCACUGGUGUUUGGGUGCCCGCACUCCGGCUGCACUCACACCCAAACCGGCCGUUUCGCCGCCAAAAGAAUCAUCCAAAGCGUGAAGUGAUGUCCCAUUGCUGUCAAGUCAUCCAUUCAUUUCUUUAUUUUUCAGUUAUUUUUCAAUUUAUAUCAUUUUAUUAAAUAUUUUAGAUAUUUUACAAAAAUUAAUUGCUAUUUAUCAUAUCUAUUCUCGUAUAAAGUUUUAAUUAUUUCAAUUUUAUUAAUGCAACAACUUUUUUAUGUAAGGAGUAAUUAAAUCUAAAUAUA